AUGUUUGUUGGUGGUCGGAAGUCGCGUUCGGGUGCGCCGGACCCGCCCGCACAGCAAGGAGGCCUAGCUGCAGUCUUCAAGCAGUUGGCGACAAAUGUAAUCCCAAUCGUUGUGAAGGAUCCGAAGGCUGUCAAGCUUUUUGUAACACCUCCGCAUCGGAUUGCCAGUAUGGCGCUAUCCGAUGGGCCAGCGCACGUCCCGAUUCUGUGGCACCGUCUUUUGCGGAUGCCAACAGCCCAACUCAAUCUGGUCCUCAAUGAUCGGCGAAUAAUGGCAGGGGAGACGUUGAGAGCAAAGCUAUUGGUUGAUAGUGCCGACCCGGAAACGAUUAUUCACUCCUUGACCGCUGAGGUUGUAGGCGUCGGCCGAACUGGCUGGGUCAACAUCCACACUGAUAAAAUUUUUGAAACGGAGAGGGAAUAUCUGAACACUGGCCAUUUACUUUUAUGCCCUCGAAAUUCACCACUACCCCCUGGAAGGCAUCAAUUUCCGAUCCAGGUCCACAUCCCCGAAGGUGCCCCCUCAAGUUAUGAAAGCCAAUUUGGCGUCAUUCGAUAUCAAAUUAAAGCAUGCUGCGUUGAGGCUUUUCCAUUUGUUGUCCUUUGCCGGUCUUUUUUUGACGAAUUACCUGUAAACCACAUGUCUCCUGUGGAUUAUGCUGAUGAGAUUGAUUUUACCUGUUGCUCCUUACCAUUCGGGACGAUUACGAUAAAAGUAUCAUUACCCAGGACGGCAUACACAAUGGGAGAGGUCGUCGAACCAAUGCUCCGAAUAAAAAACCGAUCAAGAAAGGGUUUAAAAGAUUGCACAAUAACAUUGAUGAUGAAAACACAAUUUGAGGCGAUGAGCAGGUAUGAGCACGUCAACGAGAAAAAGCUCGCCGAGCAAAUUAUUGAGAGUGUAAUUCUGGGUUCUGUUGCAGGAAAGAGUACUGAGGAAUUUGACAAUAUUAGCUUGCGGAUACCAGAUGGCGCCCCGCCAACUCAAAAUUACACAGAUGGGGUUCAAACUAAUAUUAUCACUAUUCACUAUAUUUUGAAAGUAACGGCAACACCAGGAAUCGAAUGCGAAAUGGGAUUAAUUGUCACCUCCAGUGGAUACCGAGAUCCACAAAAGAACGCGUCCUUCCUUUUUCAUACGAAGCGCAACCGAAAAGACCAGAUGAACGGAAACGGGAUCGAAUACGCUUUUAAU